AUGCUGUACAUACAUUAUUCGCGCUGCCCUUUUAUUGCGGACAAGGAGAAGGCGGGGGCCGGCGACGCGUCGUCCGGCGGCAAGGCGGGCGAGAAGCGCAAGGCGGACGACAGCGAGCCCAGCAAGGACCUCAAAAAGGCCAAACUAGAGACGAAGGCUUUGAAAGCGAAGAGGCCAGGUUUUACGGACGACCGCUACAACGAGACGUCGUACUACAUUGAAAAUGGUCUUCGCAAAGUGUAUCCGUACUACUUCACUUUCACCACAUUUACUAAAGGAAGAUGGGUUGGUGAGAAGAUCCUCGAUGUCUUUGCCCGGGAAUUUCGUGCGCAUCCCGCGGAAGAAUAUGAACGUUGCAUACGUGCCGGCACAUUGACAGUGAACUAUGAGAAAGUGGAUGUAGACUACAGGCUGAAACACAAUGAUCUCCUGGCCAAUGUUGUCCACAGGCAUGAAGUCCCUGUUACCUCCGACCCUAUCACCAUAGUUCACAUGGAUGAGGAUGUAGUGGUUGUUAACAAACCUGCCUCAAUCCCUGUUCACCCAUGUGGGAGAUAUCGUCAUAAUACAGUUGUGUUUAUACUUGCGAAAGAGUAUAACCUGAAGAAUUUACGCACUAUACACCGACUAGAUCGCCUGACAUCUGGUCUUUUACUCUUUGGGCGUACACCAAAGAAAGCUCGUUCAAUGGAGCAUCAAAUCCGUAACCGUCAAGUUCAGAAAGAAUACAUUUGUAGAGUGGAAGGUGAUUUUCCAAGUGAAAUCAUUGAAUGUGAAGAACCGAUAGAGGUAGUAAGUUACAAAAUAGGAGUUUGUAAAGUUUCACCAAAGGGAAAACAUUGUACCACAACAUUUCAGAAGCUAGGUUUCAAUGGAAAGACAAGUGUGAUUUCUUGUAAGCCACACACAGGUCGAAUGCACCAAAUCAGAGUGCACUUGCAGUAUCUAGGUUACCCAGUUGUGAAUGAUCCUCUUUACAACCACACAGUAUUUGGACCAGAAAAAGGCAAAGGCGGAAACAUUGGUAAGACAGAUGAGGAACUAAUAAGAGACCUCAUCAACAUCCACAACGCAGAAAACUGGCUUGGAAUGGAUGGAGAUUCUGAACUCAGCAUGUUCAAACCAAUGAAAAGUGAAUUAGAUGAUGGAAUUGUGAGCAAAGGUAUCACAUGUGAUGAAGAUGACGUCAGCAGGGAAGCUUCACCUUGUGAAGAAACUUGUGAAAAUGAGGUAGUGGGAGUGACUCAACAAGAAUCUGUUGCACCUCGCACAGACUCUCUGGAAAAUAGGACAAAAGUGACAGUGGCAACUCAGACUGGCCAUGAAGCACCUGACUUCAGCUUCAAUAUGGAUAAAAUGACAUAUGAUAAACACUGUUAUGAAUGUAAAGUUCGAUACAGGGAUCCAAAGCCUAGAGACCUUGUUAUGUAUUUACAUGCCUGGAAGUACAAGGGCCCCGGAUGGUCAUAUGAAACAGAACUUCCCGACUGGGCAAGAGUGGACUGGACAGAGCCUGAUGAAUGAACAAUCUUUUACCAGCUGCACUAAGCAGGUGUCAUGCAGGGUCCAACAACCAACUAAAGAAGAUUCAGCUAGCAUUUCUUUUCAUGUAUUUGCCUCAGAGAACAUUGCUGAAGUUUUGUAAUCAACAAUGAAAAAUUUAUAUGGAAUGGUGUGAUAUUUUGAGGAAUGUUAAUCAGUGGUAUCCAUGGCUGAAUGUGUGAAGUCCAUAUGAAGACGUGGUUCAAGAACAAUAGUUUAGUUUGUUAGAGUGUGUAUGGGUGAUGUUAUCUGUCAUCAGACAAUUCUGUUUAUGACAAAAGCAUUGACUGGCUAUUGGCUGUGUGCAGUGUUCAGAGAGAAAACUUGAACAUCCUUGAAAUUCUUUUAUUUUAUUUUAUUUUACUUUUUUUUAACCAGAGAGGAAAAGUACUAUAGCAGAAAAUUAUGUGCUGCCAACUACAGGUCAUGCUUAAGAUGGACUUUAAACAAGUUCUCAAUAUCCUGAGAUUAUACAUGUUGUAAGUGGAUCAGUUUAAGCUACUGAAUGAAGACCCAUCUAUGUAACAUACAUUUAUGUUAAUUGAGUAAAUGCAUCCACUUUUGGAUGUAUAUUGUCAUUAACUGAGAAAACAGAGAGCACAGAAUGAAUAAGUACAUUUAGUAAGGUUUGGACAUAGUCAUAAAUUUUAAAUCUAUCAAAUAAAUGCAUAUCAGAUGACAAUGUGCUCUACACUCUGGUAAGUGUUGCACACAUUGGCAGUUUGCACUAGAAACAAUCUUUCAUAAUAGAUGUUUGUGUUACGAAUUUUAUUUUCUGGUACAUCUAUAAGACUAAACUGAAUUUUUAGUGCAACAGUAUUGAGAACAGUCACUGAGUCAUGGUGGAUCACAAACAUAUAAUGCACAAAAUUAUUGAGUUUCAUAAUUAAAAUAUCUGUGUCAUAUAAAGAUAUCUAAAUGUUUGUGUCUCUUUAAAUUGUGAAUAUUUGUAAAUGUAACAGUGAUGGGAUUUAGUUAUUGUCUGAUUGGCAGAAGUGUGAGAGGAUAUUUACUGAGUGAUGUAGGUAAUAAAGCACUAAAAAGACCUAUAGUAGGAAGUAUUUGAGUCUCAUGAUUUGGAAUUGGAGAAUACUGUUAACUUUUCACUAAACAAAAUUGUUAAAUAGUUCACAAUGUAAGUCAUAUGUGCAGAUUUCGUUGUCAGUUGGGCUACAACUACAAACAGAAUAACUUUUCUGGACAAAUUAUAAUUUACAUUAAAUGAUUUUUAAUGUUAAGGUUCUGUCCAACAUAACCUGCUAAUACAGCUACCGUCUCAUGUACAUAACUCAUUUUAUCCAAGACAAGCUGGUGUUGUAUUGAUCCCUUGCAUAGCACAUUCCUUGUCACAUAUAUUCAAUUGCAACUUUAUACACUGUUGUACAACUUGUGAUUGUAAGGUUACCAGAUUUUCAAAUACAUGUAUAAAAAUCUCUUUGCAUUGCUUGGAUUCUAAAGUUUCUUUAUUUGAUUUAAAUCAGAUGGACGAAUCAUUUCGUAAGAAGUGCGAAAGAAACAUGAAUUAUCUCAGCUGUUAUUUAAAAUCCAUCUUCUGCAUUUGAUGAUGUGUAUAAAAAUAUCAGAACAAUUGUGAUAGUACACAGACUUGAGACAUCAGAAAUAGUAUUCCCAGUAGCAGGCUAAAAAUGCAUAUAUUAUAAGAGCUUCCCCUUUGGCCUUGUUUGUACUUAAAAUGUGGUGUUAGGACUACAGACUGUGCCUUGUGAAUUUCAUUAAAUGUUUUUAGAAGAAAAAGAAUUUGCUAUUAAUGAAACAAUUAAUUUCAACAUAGAUUUUUACUUUCUUCCUCUGUAAAUGUAUCUGUGCUCUCAAAGCUGGUAUGCUGUAUACACUCUAAUUACAUUAGAAACUAAGUUGCAUAGUGAAUCUGAUAAAAGUGUGAGAUGGUAGUACAUCUUCUUAAAACAAUUUACAUUCUCAAAAGUGUUACACUGGUUUUUCUCCAGCAAAGGUUUUUUUUUUAUUUUUUAUUUAUUUUUUUUUUUAAAGGAAAGAGAGAGUCAACACAUUUCCCCAUGUUUCACAUUUGUGCAAUGACAUUCUGGAAAAGUAAAAUUUAACAAUUAAAGACUUUAGGAUAAAUUACAACUUUGCUUGGCACCAUGAAGCACUGUAAAGGGAAAAUAAGAAUUAAACAGGACAAUAUUGUUUAAAUUUCCAUUCAGUCAACAAUGUAUAUGCCACAAUGAAUGAGCUGGUUGCCCAACCAGUUUAGCUGAUUAGGCCUUUAGAAUCCUUUUCUUUUACAAUGAAAUCUAAUAAAAGUGGGAUGUUAACAACUGAUUUAUGUUGCCAGUAAUAUUGACUGGAUAUAUCAUUGUAUUAAAAAAAAAACUGCUACAUACUUAUGUUGCUUCAUGCAGUUACUGCUUCUUGUUACUGUGUAUUUGUAAUUGCACAAAUGGUGGCAUAGUCUCUGCAUUUUGUUAAAUGACUUCAGUAUUUUUUAUACUAGAAGUGAAGUAUGUUUUAUUUUAGCUGCUACAAGAAUGUACAAAGUAACAAGCAUUGUAUUGCAUACAACAUUUAUAAAAUAUUAAGCUUCCUUCAGUAUUUGCAGCAUCCCACUUUUCCAACAUAUUCCUCUGCGCAUGCAAAUAGGAGAGAUUAGAUUAUGCUGAACACAAUCAUCUGUUUAUUUAACUUUUGACUUACCAGUUCUUUCUCAAAAGCUGUCACUGAAGAAGAGUUGGAGAACAAGCAUAAAGAUUCAUUCAAAGUUUUGAACGAUUGUGGUUUCCAUUUCCUUAUACUUUUAUAGGUUUUGAUAAAAAUUUCUUAUUUUUAAAUGGAAAUGUCUUUCUGCAAAGUGUUUCUCUUUGCAUUCAACAUCAAAAACAGAGUUGAUUUGAAACUUUUGUAGUUUCACAUAUUUCCUUUAAGAUUUGUCCUUAUAUGGCAAAUCAUGCUGUUACAUUGGAAGUGUUACAUGACAUUACAGUCAUGUCACUAGUAUGUUGUUUGAUGAUACAUUAGUGAACAGAGGAAACUGUAAAACACUUCUGAAUGAACUCUGUGGUGGGAAUUGUGUCAGUGUGUAAGAAAACUUCUAUCUUAAAUGCCAACAGAUACCUUUUCUUCAUACGUAACAAACUUGAAUUUAUUUUUUCCAUAAGUUUCUUCUGAAUCAUGACCAUUAUGUGUACAACAAUUGCACAGAACUCUAUAUGUAAUCAAGUUACAUUUUGUAGCAGCCAAAAUAGCAUAUACAUCUGCAGCUGGAGAAAAAAAUCACACAUUUCAAUAUGAAACCUUCAUAUAAAUAUUUUUUCUUGAGACCACAAUGUAACAAACUGAAAGAGUUCUAUUGUUGCAUGAUGAUAUGUGGUAUUUUUCAAAUAUUGAGAAAAUUGUGUUUUGUAUUUUAGGAUCAAAUUUUAAUAAUGUAUGUGAUACUGACCUACAUUUUACAGUCAGGUGUGCAUAAGCAUGUACUGAUAUGGGGCUUUAUUGAAGAUUUUAUCAUGUUGAGGAAGUGUGAUAGUGUCAUGCAUAUUUUUUAGCAACGUUCAUUUACACCUAUACUUUCCAACACAUCAUAGUUGCACUUUAUCUUUCAAUCACAGCCAGGGUAUUAUAGUGCCACAAACAAUCACAGGAUGUGAGAGUUGAAAUUAUAUUUCAGUAAAAGAAAUUUAGAAUGUGAUGCAUUUUAUUUCCCAUUCUGUAACUGGUGUAAUCUGCUCUAUCUAAAAGUCUCUCUUACUAAAGUAAGCAAAUGUGUUUGUAACACAUUAGUUUUGUAUUUUAAUUACUGUGAAUGUAUAUUUAUGAAAGCCUCAUAUUCUUCAUAAAAGUAAAAUAAUGCUUCAUGUAUGACAACAGAAAUAAUAGUGUAGUACUAUAUAUGAAUUAUACAAAGAAAUGAUAAUUUUUGAUACCAAAGUAGUUCAGAUUUUUGCUUUUGCAUUCGCAUUUGUACCAUAUUAUAAGAAAAAAUAACAGUGAGAAAACAUUUUAUAAGGCUGUUUAAUGAGAUAUGAAUAAUCUGUCAUUGUCUCUGAGAGAAUUCUAACUGACAGUUUUCACUUGUGCUUGUUUAGCAUCUUGUUUUUCCUCUGCACAGUAGUCUCUCCAAUCUAUCACUCCAGCAAUCCCUCCUAUUAAGACAAUCAAGUUAAAACAACACAUUCUCAACUAAACAGAAUAAAAGGAGUAUGCAACUACAUUCCUAUCAGCUUACUGUCACAAAGUGCUUUGUAAUGCAUUGGAAGUAUUGGAGUUCACACUGAAUGACAAAUUAAGUGAAGGUUUGUAUUUGUAAACAUAACAUCCACAUGUUUUGUUACAUUAAGUCCCAGUUUAAAUUUUGUCCAUCUUGAAAAUCAUGUAUUAUAGACAACCGAUUGUUACAAUACUUGGUAUCAUUUGUUUUGUGUGGCGUAGUUAUAUUUUUUUGUUGUCAGUGGCUAGUAUUAGUUUAUUUCAUAUGUUUGUGUAGCUCAUUACAUCCAGGCCUUCAUUUAAUUAUAACUGAGCAUCAAGAUUUAGUAAGAUGAGUAUCUCCAAAUAAAAUUUAAUUGUGAACUUACGGCUGAAGAAAAAAAGUCAAUAUAUAAGUUAGUUAUGUGUGAUCAAAUUUAUGUGAUGUAUUAAACAAUAAAAGACUUAAGUAACUGAUGAAUUUAAAGUGAUGUAAUGGUACUAUUAUUUAAAGAAUGCGUAUCUGUUAUGUAAUUUAAGAUCUGCAUUGUGUUCUAAAUCAGGUCAGCUUCCUUGAACAAACUACCAAUACUUACACACAGUGCCAGUAUGUAUUAGCAUUCCUAAAAUCUGGUUUGUGUUUGCAACAGGGUAUGUGAUUAUUUCUUAGUGUUAUUUUCCAAGCAUAAACAGUGUACAAAUUGAAAAAAGACCUUCAGUUGUUAUUUCAGUUGACCAAUAAAGCGAACUAUAUUUCA